UUUAAAUAUUUAGAAAACUUUCAGAAGCGCAAAUGAUGGCUAAGAUUGUAGAAUGUGUCCCAAACUUUUCCGAGGGACAAAAUAAAGAAGUAAUUGAUGCCAUAGCCCAAGCCAUUGCUUCUGUGGAAGGAUGUUCGCUUCUCGACGUAGACCCGGGCGUAUCGACAAACAGGACUGUUUACACGUUUGUUGGUUCUCCCGAAAGUGUCGUGGAAGGAGCUCUCAAUGGAGCGAGAAUGGCCAUGCAACUGAUCGAUAUGAGAAAACAUCACGGUAUGAAAACUCUCUUUUUUGAAUUGUUCAAUUUUACUCUAAGCUUAACUAAAAACCAAAGUUUUAUGUUUACUCUUAUUAUUUAUUCAUUCAUUUGUUUGUUCAUUUAUCCUAGUCUGUUUGAAGAAAGCUGUUCAAAACUCAAUAUUAAUAACACUGGUUUUUUUAUCUGAUAAAAGCAACAAAGGGGUCUUUUGUUCCUUGAUGUAUCUUAGACCACGCUAGAUGGGGUGUGUGGUAGGCAGUGGCUAAUUUUAAUGCAUCUGGCCUGGACAGUUUUUCAAAAAUGCCUUUGAGUAUUUUGUUAUAGUCUGCUAUCAGAGCAAUCAGAAAUGUGGCUACAGUCAAACCCUGCCUAACAGACAUCCACUUGAUAUGGAUAACUUGUUAUUAUUGACACUUUGCUUUGUCCCUGUGUAGAGAGAGCCCUUACAAUUCUCUAAAACCUACUUACAUACAGACACCCUGUUAACAGGGACACUUUCUAUGGCCCCUCAGUGUCCGUAUUAAAAGGGUUUGACUGUAUUUACAGAAUUUUGUCAUCAGCUUAUCAAAGCAUUGCUUUUCUUUCAUAUAAAUAUAAUAAAUUUUAUUAUCAUAUAAAAAGGUAAAUAUCUAUUUAAAUGUUCUCAAAACAUAGCCAAGGAAAAGUCUUAAUGAUGCUGACAGUUUAUGAAUUGGGAAGCAAGUGAAACAGUUGAGCAGGAAAGUGACAAGUUUAAGAGAUGGAUCAAGGAAAGCAUAUGUAUUAGAUCAAACACUCCUACUAUGAACAGGGACAAGGGAGCCUAUCAGCUUUCUCUCAUAUGGACACAUAUGGGUUAGUGAUCUCCACCCCCCAACUGGGGGUGGGAGGGGGGGGGGUGGCAUCUACAGAGUGUUUUUGCCUUAAGAGGCCUAUUUAAGGCUUCUGACACCUUUGACGAUUUUCAAGUUUUGAUAAAGAUGGCUGACAGUCAUCAAAACUGUCAGCGUCAGUAAGACUUUUUCUUGGCUAUGUUUUGAGAACAUUUAGAUAGAUAUUAACUUUACUAGCCUGAUGAAUUCCUUCAAGAAUAAAAAGGAAAAGUUUAGAAUGUUCAGACCUAGAAAACAAUUUUCAUUUUUAAGGAGAACAUAAGAGACUUGGGGCACUGGAUGUGUGUCCUUUCAUUCCCGUUCAGGGCGUGACCAUGGAAGACUGUGCUAACUGUGCAAAAAUAUUUGGCCAGAGGGCUGCAGUGGAACUUGGAAUACCAGGUAUUAAAAUUUGUACUUUUCAUAAUUCUUUGGUUAAUUGAACUGAAAGAGAACUUGCUAGUUAAAUGUAAGAUGUGGUAUAAUUGAAAUACAGUGUACAAAAAUCCCGGACAAAACAAAAGGCUAGAACACCAAUUUGAAAAUUCGAAGGCCUUCCAGGAAAAGAUAGGAGAAUCAGAGAUGGAAAGAAAUGCAAGAAUUUCUUACUCAUCACAAAUCUGUUGAUCAAUGUAUUAGAUAGUUUUUAGAUUUGAUUGAAAGUUUCUGAGACUUAAGAAUGUUCCAAGAACCGUGGCUCCCUUAUGUGCAAGUGGUACAUCAAAGCUCAAUACUAGAACAAAUAAAAAUUUGAAAACGCUUGAGUUUCUUUUAAAGAAACUUGUAUAUUUUGGGCUUGAUUUUCUUUGGCAAAAAAGAAAAAUAGAUUUUUAACAGUCACACCCAAUGGGCUUAAAACACUCUUGAAAUAAAUAGUUAUUAAAAGCUGUAUUUACUUGUAUUUUAAGUUGAGACUUUUUACUAUGUACCUGUACACAUUGUGUUUGGUGCUUUACCAUACUAGUUGGUUUUUCUUACAGAGGUUGGUCUUACAGUAAUAAUAACUAAUAAAAUCAAUGGAAAACUUUUGUAGUCUAUCUGUAUGGCUAUGCAUCUGAACAGGACCACAGAAAAACUGUGCCACAGAUCAGGGCAGGUGAAUAUGAAGGACUUUCUGAAAAGGUCAGUGUUACCUCAUCUCUUUCCCAUCUUAAGUUAUCAUUUCAACUUUAGGCAAUACAAUGAUUAUAUUAUGUUUAUUAGUAGGUGUUGGUAUUUGAACAUUUGUUUCAACAGGUUGAUUACCAUUCACCUACUCUUUUUCAGUUGGGGAUCAGUUUACAAAAUGAACAUUCCUUACUCCUGCACAACUUAAUCACCAAUGAACUGUGCUUCACCUCAAUAAGUUAUUGGUUUAAGCUGCCAAACCCUCUAUGACUGACAGCAUUCAUGCCGUGCAGUGUACAUGUUACAGGUUAAAAUUAAAUCAACUUAAAAAAUUUUAACCUGAAUUUAAUUUUGACCCAUGAGAUAUAUAUACUCAGAUCACUGUUAAUAAAAAUAAAUACUUUUAUGAAUCUGUCACUCAGAGGAAAGUAAUUAGGCAAUCCUAGUGUGCUAUUGUAAUAGUCCAUAAAGUAAUGCAAAGUCCUUGUGAAAGUAAUGCUAGUGGAUCAGAGAACAUCUUAUUUUAUGUUUAUUCACAGAUUAAGAAACCUGAGUGGAAGCCAGAUUAUGGGCCGGCAGAGUUUCUUCCUUUUUGGGGAGCAACAAUAGCUGGAGCAAGAAAGUUCUUGAUUGCCUAUAAUAUCAACAUUCUUGGCACAAAGGAACAGGCUCAUCGAUUAGCUUUAAAUAUCAGGACACAGGGUAGAGGGCCGGACCAGGUACAAAAACUAAAAUGACUAUCAGUAGAAUUUAAUAUCAUUUUAGAAUUCAACUUCUGCCACUGAGAUCCAGCUCUGAAAAUCUUUGUAAAAAGUCAUCAUUCUCCCUGUAUUAUUAUACUGUUUCUUUCUCUUUUAUGUUGACUGUGAAAGCCUGGAAGACUCACAGAAGUCCAAGGUAUGGGAUGGUACCUGGAUGAGGCCAACAUGGCUCAAGUGUCUUUAAACCUGCUGGAUUUCCAUCAAACAUCCGUGCACACUGCGUUUGAAGAGUGCGUAAAGGAUGCAAAGGUAACAAUGUUGGUCAUGUUGGUAAACUGUAUCAGAUUCUGUAUUAUGUAUUAAUUUUAAAUCUUCACAAGCCAGUGCAAUUGAUAUUCAUGAAAUUUAUUACUGGUAUUUUUCUCUUUGUAUCUCUAAGGAACUAAAGGUUGGAGUUUGUGGAUCACAGAUUGUUGGUCUUGUGCCUCUAGAAGCCAUGUUAAUGGCUGCUGACUACUACGUAGAAAAAGAAAAUCUGUUCAUUCUCAGUGAAGAUCAAAAGAUUCGAUUGGUAUGUCUGUGCCUUUUUUACUUGAGGGAUAAUAGCUUUUAAGUUAAUUCCUUGAGAGUUGCAAUUUAUACCAAGAUGCAUCAGUUAUUUCAAACUGUGGUAGAGAAAAGCAAGAAAAAAAAAAUGAAUUCAGAUUGAUAACCAUUCUAUUUUGCAAUAAGCCCCUUCUUGUCUAAAUUUUUAAAAACCAGGAUGUAUUUAGCCCUAACAGUUUAUUAAAAUUUGGAAUAAUUUUUGUUUGUUGGAGUUUGUGACUUUCUCUUACUUACUUACAACUUUCUUUACUCUUCCUCAGUAACUGGACUCCCAAUCACCCCAAGCAACUAAAUAUUUUUGCUCCCAUAAUUUAGUGUUUUAUCCUUGGUACAGGAGCUUUUAAACAUUACAUGGCACUUGUAAAUCUCACUACUAUCACAACAUUAGUGGUAUGUCUCUCUUGUGUCGUAGGUAAUAGAAAGAUUGGGACUUAGCUCAAUCUCUCCAUUUGACCCUAAAACAAGAAUCAUAGAGUAAGUACAAACCUCAAAUGUGGCAUGGCUUUUUUUUAAGUUGGUGGGGGGAGGUGGUUUGAGGGGGAUGGGGCAGUGGUGGGCCACUCCUCAUUGUCAUUGGUACAAGGCUGUAAGCUCAAAUCAUGGCCUCUGUUUCCCUUACCACAAGAAAUGGUUUGCUUGACUUUAAAACUUUCCAUCCAAUGUUUAAAUUAUGGCAGGGCAUACCAGGGUUAACUCUCUGGAUCAGCAUUUCUUGUAGAGGAGAGUAGCAAUGUGACAGCUACUUUAAAGAGCAGUAUGUGACUGCAGAAUUUCUACUUGUGAAUAUAAACAACAAAAGAAGAACAAUAUUGUCCCUGUCUGAAUGAUUGAGCAAUGCUGGUAUAAAAUAUUUCUCUGUCCAAUUAUGUACCUGCAGGUACCUAAUUGAGACUUGUGAAGAUGGUCCUUUGGUUUCCAUGCCUCUACGACAGUUUAUCUACAGUCUUGGUUCACGAUCAUCGGCUCCCGGAGGAGGAUCUGCAUCUGCUGCUAUUGCUGCCAUGGUAAUAGAGCUUAUUUAAGUUUUAAGCCUUACUGACAUCUCAGACAGUGUACAGUCGACUCUCUCUUAACGGACACCUCUUUAAGACAGACACCUCCCUAAAACGGACACAUAGAGUUGGUCCCUGCCUUUCUUUACUCCUUUUAGUUGACUCGCUAUAAGACUGACAUCUCUCUAAGAUGGACACUUACUGCCGGUCCCAAAGGUGUCCGCCUUAGAGGGAGUUGACUGUAUUUAAUUCAACCAAGAUUUCUCAGCAAAGUUUGCAAUCUGGGCAUUGGGAUCAUUUAACAGAACAUGGCUUUCAGCUGUUCUUAACCUGAAUCUAGUUGGAUCAAGUCAUGACAGACCUGUGUUAAAUAUUCUUACUUUUAGUUUAGACUAGAUCUUGAAAGGACGUUGUUUUCUCUUGCUGAGCAUAGGAGAGGUGGGGCUGUGAAGAGCAUAUUAUGUUGGCAUCAACUAACCUGGAUCUUGUCAACUCCUGUAACAUACACUAUCCUAACCUAUCACAUCCAGUGAGCUCAAAGGAUUUGAUCUGUCGAUCCAGGUUUUGUCAUUGCCUGAUAUCAUGUUGUCCUCAACUGAAUGUUUUCUUCUAUAUUCAAGUUUAAUAAUAAUAAUUAUUAUUAAUUACUAUUAUUACUACUGGUAUUAUUAUUUAAAAGGGGUAGCAUGUUUAUCUCCACAGGGCGUGGCUUUGGCCACCAUGGUUGGUUGGCUCAGUUAUGGAAACAAAAAAUUUGAAGCUUUGGACGCACAGAUGAGAAAUCUCAUACCACCCCUGAGACAAGCAAUGCUGGAUUUUAUACCUAUGGUCGAUGCUGACACAAGUGCAUUUAGUGCAUUUAUGGUACAGUAUUUCAUUGGAUAUGACUUUUUUUCUUUUUAAGGGGAAAAUGAAACUGACAUGUUAAGUGACAUGCACACUUGUGAACAAGACUCUAGCAGCAUUUGAAAGCUAAAGCCUUAUUCAUUUUAUUUGCAUAAUGUAAACAACAUUUCAGUUUAACGUUUCCUAUUUCUCAAAAGUAGUACAGAAGGUGUUAAACUGGAAGCCAUACCACUUGACAUCCAAAUUAAUAAUAGAAUUUUUGAUCUUGUAGGAUGCAAAGAAACUCCCAAAAAAUACACCAGAGGAACAAGAAAUGUAAGAACCUGAUUUCGUAAGAAUACAUUUGCAGGAUUUCAGAGUAACAAGGAAUCAAGCUCUGUCUUUGUUAACUAUUUUCAUUUAAAAACUAUGCAAGGCAAAAUGCUUACUAUUUUUUUCCCUCUUUGUCCUUCCCUGCCCCCUUCUUUGUCAUUUCUAUAUAUUUAUUUUCUGGCCGUAUUUUUGUCACAUCUUUUUAUGCCUGAUUCACUUUUCCCAGCCGUGACAAGGCUAUGCAAGAUGGACUGAAGGCGUCUGUAUACAUUCCACUCAAUGUCAUUAAAACAGCAACCAAAGUAUGGAACCCAAUGGUGGAGCUGGCCAAAGUUGGUAAUAUUAACAGCAAGUCUGAUUUACAGGUAGAAUAUCACAGAACAUUUUUUUUAAAGACAGACCAGGACUCCUAUCAAUUUAACACACCAUAAGUCCCUUUAGAAAGCGUUAUGUAUUUAUAGAGAUCUAAAAGUACUCUGGAUAGCCUAAAAAGUGUUUUCAAUGACACACUAUUUAGGAGAAAAGCAUUGUUGGGUACCCCUGGUACAUUGCGUGUACAUGUACCAGUCCUGUAACCUUGAUCAAAUCAAGCACAAUUAAGAAUUUCAUGAUUUAUAAAUGCAUCAGAGAAAUAAAUGAUGACUUUGAUUAAAUGAAUGUUAAAGUCUUAGAAAUUUCAACUGUAGUUAGUGUAUUCAGUUGGCUAUUAACACAUUGUGACCAGCUGGAUGAGUGAUGUGCUGGCUGAUCCAUGCAUGAAGUCAGUGGAGGAAGAUUCCAAAUUGAAUGUCUCAUGACCACUAAAUUAUAGAUCUUUCUCUUUGCUUGCAGGUUGGUGCACGUAGUCUAGAAACUGCUGUGUGGGGAGCAUUUUAUAACGUUAAGAUAAAUUUAAAGGACAUCACUGAUGACAUUUUUAGUAAGCAGGUUAGUAGCUAUUAAAUCACUUUUCAUUACAAUAAUAUGGUCAUUUAGUCUGUUCUACAUGUCUGGAGGCAUACUAGCCAAUUUUCAUGAAGGUGUGUGUUCUUUCAAGUACAUAGAUUAGGGUCACUUUCACUCGGGGAACCUUGCUAUUUUUGCAGGUACUAGAAGAAGUGGAGACAUCUUUGGAAACAGCACAAGAAAAAUGUAAAGAAAUCCUUAACAUUCUAGAGGAACGGAAUUCAUAG